UACUGUGUGACAUACUGUGUGGGCAAUGCAAAUGAAGCCUGUCGUGAUUCUAAAUUGCUGUUAUCUCAACACUCUUAUCAAGCAAAUAUAACUCACCAUAUUCCACCAGGCUAUGCUGUGAUGCAGUUGGCUUUGCAGACAUCAAGCGUGCACAAUAUAGUAAGUAUCAAUAACCGUAGUUAAGGAAAUGACUGUUUACUUAAAUUUCACUUUUUUAUUAACUAUAAUACUGAAAUUGGUUGAAGUUAAAUUUUGCACAAAUAGCAGACUUCCAGUGGAGUGCUGGCAAGUGACAGUUCUUUUUUCACUAAAUAACUUUUUAAAAUGUUUGUGUCUAGUUUUAAUUGUCACUUUGUGACCUUGUGAUUUCAUUUGUAGUUGAAAUCUUAUUCAUGUGAUUCUUAAUAGCUCUUGGAGAUAACAGUGGAUUAAUAUUCUGUCUGUUUCAGUCCAAUGUGUCCUUUGCUGUGUUAACAUGUAAUUCCUUGGGGCUAUUCGUUGUUGACCAUCUUGGUACCCUACGGACCAGAAGGAAUUUGGUGGCAGAUGAAGCUACAUAUCACUUUGUAGAGGUAGUUGAAUUUUCCUCUAGCUGUUACCUACCAUUACAGUUUGCUUAACCAGAUUUGCUGCAGUAAGCAGCGUGUAUUUGAGGAAUAGGAAACCAUCAUAAGGUAACUGAUUGUAAAAGCAGAAAUACACUGUUUCUGUCACACCACUGGUUGACAGAAUGGUAAUCAAUCAGGGAAUCCAUUGCAACUCCUUUGCUUCUUACUGAAAGCUAGGGCAGAACAAAAAUACAGCCUUGGUAAACAAGGUACAUGUAGCUAAGAUCUUAACUUAGCUGCAAAACAAGCGUACUUAAAAUGGCUAUAUCUAGACCAUGUUCAAUCUCCUCCUUCAAAUUGCCCUUCAGGAGAGUGAAAAGAAAGGAAACUGGAUUUUUUAAAAUCCUUUAAUUGCCCUUCAGGAGAGUGAAAAGAAAGGAAACUGGAUUUUUUAAAAUCCUUUAAUUGCCCUUCAGGAGAGGGAAAAGAAAGGAAACUUUGGAUUUUUUUUAAUCCUUUAAUUGAAAUUAAAAGUCAGGCAAGUGGGUGAUGGAAAAGCUGGAAAUAUCUCAGGGGAAUAUUCCAAUUUGUAUUUGUUUGCAUCCGCUGACGUUUUUUCCUGGGUUAUUUAUUUUUGAUUGCGGCGGUAUCUAAAAGACAAUUUAUUCUAUAAGAUUUCAGUCACAGCUAAAGAUUCCGGUAGGUCACAGUUGGUAGAGCUUGCAUCGGUGACUGUGGAUCUUUCAGGAUGCCUUAACCCUCCAUUAUUUGAAGAUCCUUCAUUCAAAUUUAGCGUGAGGGAAGGCGAAAGCGGGCUUACUGUUGGAUUUAUUAAGGUAUGCCGUUGCAAUGGUUUUUUUCGCUGUAUUCCUGAGCCCGAUUGAGAAUUACGGAGUAUUUUCAAUCACGAUACUCUAAGCAUUACUGUUUUAUAUAGUUCCGCCUAGAAAAGAGCAAUGGAAACUGGGUCAAGCACGUCAAGUUUACGCUUAAUGGGUCUCAUCCUGAGAAAAUGAAUCAGAAAAAGUUGAGAGAGUUUUUUUUACAGUGUUUGUCUUGUUUCACGGCUUAAGGGUACUGCUCACAAAUAGGAGUUUAGGCAGGCAAUUUGUUUUGCUCUGCAGUAUUUUACCUUCAAGUUAGUAUAUUCAUAGUUACUAAGGAUGGCUUGUUAGGAAUGCAGGAAAAAACUCAAAGAUGAAAUCAUUAGUGCUACAGUUUAGAGAAGGAACCUCCUGGAUGUGUAUAAUCUUCUUUAAGGCUUUCGCCAGUACCAGUAAAUAAAUGAAUGGCAAUAAUAACUCAAUGGCACAUACAAACUUGCCGUUAUAUGUUAUUAUGUUCUAUCAAAUAUAUUUGCUCGCGCGCGAUUGGUCUAAACGCAUCACGAACUUGCCGAUAUAUGAUAAUAUGUUCCAUCAAAUAUAUUUACUCGCGUGCGAUUGGUCUAAACGCAUCACAUGACUGAAUAUCCCCCAGCUAAUACUGUGGGGUAUCAAAUGUUACGGGAAAAUUAAAUGAUUUCUAGCUCUCUUCAUACGAUGAUUUUCCUUGUUUUCACUUGUUCAAACUUAACACCAACAUCGCAUUGAUAAGAAGACAUUUUAAUUGACUUAUUACUAUUACAUCCUACGUUGCUAAAUUAUAUAGUUUUAUUUUUGAAGCUGUGAGUUUAAUCUCCGUCCUCUUAGUUAGUGCUUCCGAACAGAUGGAGUAUUUUAGUAGAAUCGACAACUUCAAAGAGCCAUUUUCGCUUCUAUUAUGAUGCUAUUCAAAUAUUGUAAAUUUAGGAAACAAUAGAACCACGAGCGCAAUAGCACUUAAGGAAGUACGUUGUAAAGGAUUGUUGCGGAAACGAGGACCCCUUCACGAUAUUGAUAUAGGAAAGUGCGUCAAGCUUUAUGGGUUCACCGAUGAAAAACAGCUAAAAGCUUGGCAACUUCUUUGCUCGCAACGUGAUCAUUCAUCUGUCAAAAAAAGCGAAAUCCCUGACGUUUACAUUAAACGUUAAACUGCAGAUCGCUUUAUUUCCUUCAAUUUUUAUUAUUUGUUGCUUUCUAAAUUUGUCUAACAUUUUUUAACCGCUACCCCCUGACGUCCUUCUUCUAAAAAAAAAAAUCAAAGCUUGCCGAUGUGAACUUUUCCCUAGAGCUCCGCUCUCGGAAAACUGAUCGGAUCUUGAAAUAGAUUAUGUCUGCGGGCAAAUAUCCGUGUCGCGGCUCGGUAAAUAUUCACCACUACGCCACCUCAACUUCGGUGAAUAGCUAAUUACGUUGUUAAUUAAUCAAUUUACGUUAACCAAAAGUUACUUUUUAAUCCUCUGGUAUUUUUUUCUCUAGGCAGUUAAUCGCCAUACUGGUUUGAGUGGAAAUAUCUCGUACUCUUUUAAGAAUGAACACUCCAAGUAUUUGUAAGUUUUUAGUCAUCCUUCUCUGUAUAACUUUCUAUAACCUGUACAGUUUCGUAUCGUCUUACAGCCAAAUUUGAAUCAACACUUCUAGAAUAUUGCCUUUUGUUGCCUUUAGCCUCGAAGAAUCUUCUUUUGUGCCGGAAUAUGAAAUCACAGCAACUGUGCUAAUGCAAACCAACGUUAUUAAAACUGAACGCCCAACGUAAAUCAGGAUUGCUUUUAUUUUUUUGCUUCGUUUAUUGAUUAGUUUGUUGAAGAUUCGGGAAACUUGUUUGGAUUCAUCUGGUGUCUGAUUUGAUUCCAAUUCAAAUCAGAGAAUAGUUUCCACAUUUCUAAGUUAAUCUGGAGAUAUGUGGCAAAUAAAGUAGUUAAACGGGGUGAAUGAAAUGUUUUAGCGCUGACAACAAUCAUCUUAGUGGGUAAGCACGUCUUAAAGAUAUCAUUUUGUCUUGAAAGUUUAGAGAGAAAUUUUCAACGACACAACCUCUUAUUCGUCCGGUCUAACGGUUUCUUUGUGAGAUCUACUCUUCUGAGCAACAAGUAUCUCGUCUUAGACAAGCAGACGCGUGAAAUUUCUUUCUCUCUGAAUCGUGAUCGUGAACUUGAUUUGAGAGCUAAUAUAACAAAUUACCUUUGUGUUGCUUUAAAUUCCAGGUUCGAUUUGAAUCAGAUUUCUGGUGAGAUUAAGACUGCGAGAGCCCUUGAUCGUGAGACUGCUGACUUUCACCAGUUUACUGUGGUGGCAAGUCUUCAUUUUCUUAACGGGUCCUACAACAGCCAUGCAGAAGUAUUGGUUACUGUUGAAGAUAUCAAUGAUAAUCCGCCAGUGCUAGCUAAAGAGGAGUACACCAUCUCACUGAGCCUGCAUGCCAAGCCUGGUCUACUGUUAAACUUAAAUGUGAGUAUUAACCUAGAACGUGUAACAACUGAAGUAGCAUCUGUGCAGGGUUUAAUGGUAUUGGUCGAUCUUAAAUCUUUCCUAUAGCUGCAAGUCUAAGUCUGCUAUGAAAAUUUUUUACAAUUCUUUGCAAUUGACGAAGGUACAAUCCCAUUGCGGAAUGUUUUGAAUUGUUUGCUCUAACGCGAAUUUAAACGGCUCUUGCCUGUUAUCUGGGCGAUGAGGCAUUCUUUCCAGUAAAAGUCUGUCGGGGUCCUGGAGUCCUUUUGUUCCAAACUCACUGUUUGGAGAUCGUCUCUUAUUGAGCAUCGCCAUCCUGGCAACUACCCCUCCGUAUUUUUACACAACGCUGCGAAGUUGUUGUGAAACCUUAAGGGUAACGGUUCAAAUAUGUUGAGAACAAAACUAUGGAAGCUAUACUACCUUCUCCUAGGUGAGAAUGUGUAGAUAUGUAAGCUGGCAGAGCGAAAAAAAUACCCAAGGCAAAUAGUCUCAUUAUGUGGCGGCAAAUUUUUAAAAGAGACUGGCAGGCCUAUGUCUUCGAUAUUAGGCUUCUGACAAAGGGCUAAGGCUCAAAACGUCAGCUUUGGAAUUUACGUUGGCCAAUUUGUAUUAUCAACUGAGUUGAUAAAACAACAAAUAUCUUGACGCAAAGUCACGCAGACAAACAAGAGAAAGCCGAUGAAUCGAAGUAGAUACUAAGUGAGCUGAGAAUUAAACUUGUCCCAAUCUCAUGUCGUAGUCAGUGUGCUGUUAUUUUUUCUUUCAGGCAAGUGAUAAGGAUAUUGGUGAAAAUGCAGAGGUGGCCUUUGAAAUAACAGAUGGAAAUGAAAAGCAGCUAUUUUGGAUUAAUUCUUCAAGCGGGGAUUUGUUUCUCGUGGCACCAAUAACCUUUACCGCAGGCGACGUUGUUGUCCUUGUCGUAGAGGCUCGUGACGCAUCUACCACAAAUGUUUUACGAGACACAACGCUUGUGAGGGUGUCAUUCUACGGUAGGGGAACAAGUUAGACUUAAGAUUUCCUCUUCCUAUGUAACUUUCAUACAUUGUCAACCUCACCUGACUGAAACAGGUUAUCUUUGCAGUGAAUCAUCUCAUCACGAUAUUUGUAUUACACUUGUGACGCAUUAGAAUGUUGUGGGGCAUCAUGAAACGUUAUAAGGCUAAUAAUUAGGUCUUAUAAUAACAAUCAAGAGCUACAAAAUCGAACACUAUAUUUUGUGGUGGUUUUUUUAUUAUUCGUUAAUGAAUGAUUCAAAGAAAGUUCAGGGACUGAGAUCGAUUGAAAAUUUAUUGCUCCAUUCGUCCAAUUUGUCACGACUAGAUUGACUCGUGACGAGUUUGAUAACUGGCGUGAGAAAGUCUAUCUACUUCACAGCCAUAGCAUCUGUCAGCUGCAAGUAGUAGUAUAUUAGAUGUGGAACACACAUGAAAAAGUCUUCUUAGGCAGUGUUGUUGGCGCGGUUGCUGAAAAUUGCCUUGUACCUGUUCAUCGAUUUAAGAUUCAGACGAAGGCUUUCUACUUUUAACCGAAAAUGUACGCUUGGAUAAAGUAAACAUCAGUAUGCUUAUCCUUCACAUUACUAGUUUUCUGUGUCUUUCUCAAAGGAGAUGCUAAAAGAAGCUCGGCACUUACGGCGGUGGGUUCAAGUGUGGGUACCGUUGUCUUUAUCAUCGUUUUAGCUGUCGUUGCUCUUCUGUUAUGGUAAUUAGAAAAAAAAUCCUUUAUUUUUGACAUUAAUUUUUCAAAUGACAAUUUUCGGAAAGGAUGACUGGGUGUCUGCACUUUUGUGAAUACAAUUGCGUUGAUUAUCAGCCUACUACUCUCACCUUAUCAUGAAAAUAAAGUUCAUGAAAGAGCUUGGAUGGGUAUAAUUUAUGGCUUCUCUCUUAAUAGAAUACAGUGUCUGGUUUUACUGUGUGAAACGUGAAUCUUAUGAUAGGGCUAGGAAAUAAUUACGUCAAGAAAGCUACUAAUUUCUCUUCAUUUUAUUUUUUGUUUUGCUUUUUGUUUUGUUGUGUUUUUUCCCGUUAGGAAAAGGCGAAAGAAACGGUAUUUAAGAGGUACUAGAGAUCACCUCCAGAUGGAAGAUGUAAAACACACCUGCUCUGGAAUGAACAGUGCUGUUGUGACAAGUUGCACACCAAGAUCUCCAACGGAGCUAUCUGGUACUUUUUCGUCUGAAAGUCAGUCACCGACCAUAUCGACAAAAUUACGUAAAAUGGACUCACAGGUCCGUCUUGUAGAGGGUUGUCAAGUAGUUGUAGAACUUUGUCACAUGGAACCAGAGUUAUUGUCAAGUCUGCAACCUACAGAGCAGGUUUCCGAAAUAGAGCCUCGAGCUUUCAUAUCUGCACCAGUUGGCGUGGACCUCUGUCACAUGGAUCCCGAUCCAUCAUUAAGAUUCAGUGAUGUAUAUUCACCCAUCGGCUCGGCAACGGAUGUUACUUUUAACCGCUGUAACGAUUUAGACACUAGUCUUAGCGACACAUGGGGGAAAUCUGUGUCAUCACUUACGCCACGAUCACUGAGAAACCUUUGGCUGGGCUAUGAAAGUGAGCCCUCAGCUGUAUCAAUAAGAAAACUAGCAAACGAGCCUUUGUCUAGCCACAGUGAAGAUCCUCAAGUUAGCAUGGAUCAUAGUUACAGAGAACAUGAUUCAUCGUCAACUGUAAAUUGGCUACCUCAGUUUUAUGAAAUGGAGCCAUCGUCUCCGCUUUCAACACCUGCAUCAGGAUUUAGUGAUCCUGAUUCACUUUUUGGCUCAGUGACAGAUGUUACACUGAAUUAUGGCAACGCUUCAGACACUAGCUUGGAUGAGACGGAGUUCAAAUCUGUAUCUUCGUUCACCCCAGAAUUUAUUAGGAACCUUUGGCGGGGCUUGUCGUGUGAAAAUGAGCCCCCAGCUGUACCAAUAAGGGAUAUGAACAGACAAUCUCCCUUAAGCUCAGCUAACGCCUCUCAAGUGAACUUCAAUCGCAUUAACAAGGAACCCGAUCUACCACCAUCAAAUGCACAAUGUUCAGCGCCGUUGUAUGAAAGUGAGCCACCCCCUACGUUAUCACCACCUGCAUCACGAAUCAGUGAUCUAGAUUCACCCGUUGGGUCAGUGACAGAUGUAAAACUUAACUGCAGCAACGCUUCUGACACUAGCUUCGAUGAGACGGAGUUCAAAUCUGUGUCUUCGUUCACCCCAGGAUCUCUGAGGAACCUUUGGCGGGGCUUGUCGUGUGAAAAUGAGCCCUGGGCUGUUCCAACAAGGGAUAUAACAAAGGAGCCUCCCCCAAGUUCCAUUAAGGCUGCUCGAACUAGCAGGGAUCAUGGUUAUAUGCAAGCUGAUUCACCAUCAAAUGUACAAUGUUCAACGAAAAUGUUUGAAAUGGAGGCGUCUUCUCCCUCAGCACCUGCUUCAAGAUUCGGUGAUGCAGAAUUACCCGUUGUGAAAGUGAUAGAUCCAACAUCAAAGUAUUCUAACUAUUUAGAUAAAACCUCUAGUGAGACUGAGAUAGAAUCUGUGUCUUCGCUUACACCAGAAUCCCUAAGAAACCUAUGGAGGGGCUUGUCGUAUGAAAACAAGCCCCAAGCAACAUUAAUAAGGGACUCAACAAGAGAGUCAUCCUCAAGUCUGUUUAAAGUUUCUCAAGUUGAGUAUCCUACUUCACCUUCGACAGUUACGUCCAAUGUUGCUGAUUUACUCUCUGAUUCAUUGAGUGAUGUAGCAAUUAACUAUCCACCCAGCUCGUGUAACGUUUCAUUGAACUCUAUGUCUUCUGAGUCAGUAUUUCUAGGAAACCUUUCCACUCGUUCUCGAAUCUCAAACCGUACCGAAAUCGGUGAAAACUCAUCCAGGUCGACAGGAGCUUCUGAACUGACACUUCUGCAAAGAGUUUUAUCCGCGCUAAGAGCUCUAUUCAGGCCUUAUGAGACAGCUGAAUCGACUACUAAUGUACAGUCAAACGACCGAAGAGCCCCUUCUCAACCUUCACAUCCGGAUGGUACUCUCUGA